CCAGCCCCGCCCAGACAAAUUCCCCGACAGCCUGGAGCCACCAGGGGGCGCCCCGUCCCUGACCAACGAGGCGCUGCUGUUCCACGAGAAGUGCGGGGCCCUCAUCAAACUCAGCAACGGCCACAAAACGGCCGAGAGGCGGCGGCCGCUGGACGAGUUCAACAACGGCGUGGUGCUGACCAACCGGCCCCUCAGGGACGGGGAGAUGUUCGAGAUCCGCAUUGACAAACUGGUGGACAAAUGGUCGGGAUCCAUCGAGAUCGGGGUCACCGCCCACAACCCCAACAGCCUCGAGUACCCGGCCACCAUGACCAACCUGCGCUCAGGGACGAUCAUGAUGAGCGGCUGUGGGAUCCUCACCAACGGCAAAGGGACGCGCCGGGAGUACUGCGAGUUCAGCCUGGACGAGCUGCAGGAGGGGGAUCACAUCGGCCUGACCCGCAAGGCCAACAACGCCCUGCACUUCUACAUCAACGGCGUGGACCAAGGUACGGGACGAUCAUGA